AUGUUAUUAAAUAAAAUAUUUUUGCGUUAUUAUCCUCCAGGCAUUGCCCUAAAUUUUCAAUACAAUAAUGGCGAAGAAUAUUUACAACAUAUUGACCUAUUGGAUUUGAAUAUCAAUUCAAAUCCCAACGAUGUGGCACGUAAUCUACUACAACGUAUGGACCGUGACAACCAACUACAGCAAGGACAUUCGUUACAAACAGAACCCCAACAUCAUCAUCACGAAGAUCAAACAUGUGAAACAUUAACUAAACAAAAAACAUAUGCCAAUGAUAUGAACGCUGGUGACACUACUAUCGAGGAUAAGAAAAGUAAAGCGAGUCACAACAACGUCGUCGAUAUGGACGACGACAAUACCAACACUAUCAUCUAUGGUGCCGUGCGUAAGGCCAUUGCCAAGUUGCAACGUAAAUUGCAGGAGCCCACCAAAAAGAAAUUCUAUCUCCAUACACGUCUCGACACGCACAUCCUGCCAUUGACUAACAUCAGUUUCGAUAGAAGCGGUGAACGUUGUAUAACCGGAAGUUAUGAUAGAACGUGCCGCAUCAUCAACACACACGAUGGCCGGGUCGAACAUGUGCUAGCCGAACAUGAUAAUGUUGUCUUCUCGGUGGCUUAUAAUUUUCCCAAAUGCGAUCGCAUUGUCACUGGGUCCUUUGAUUGUACAGCAAAAGUAUGGUGCCCGGCUUCAGGCCUAUGUCGCAGUACACUAAUCGGCCAUACAGCAGAAAUUGUUUCGGCCGAAUUUCAACCGAUUAACAGCGAGACAAUAUGUACCGCAUCUAUGGAUGGUACGGCUAGACUUUUUCACAUUGAAUCUACACAGGAAUUGCAGACGCUAUCACAUCAUGGAUCUGAGGUUAUAAAUUGUCGUUUCAGUCGGGAUGGUAAUAUGCUGCUGACGGGAUCAUUUGAUAGAACAGCUAGUUUGUGGGAUAUACGUUCCAAGAGUUUAAUAACCCAGCUACGUGGCCACUCGGCAGAACUUAGCAAUGCUGUGUGGAAUUUCUCAUGUGAUCUAAUUGCCACUGGUUCUUUGGAUAGUACCGCCUGCAUAUGGGAUGUGAGAAAAACUGCGGAGCCUUUAUUUUGUAUUAAAGAACAUACCGAUGAAAUAUUAGAUGUCACUUUUGAUUGCAGUGGUCGACGUUUGGCCACCGCAAGCAAUGACUGUACGGCCCGAGUGUGGAAUGUUAGAGGGGAUUUGGAAAUGUUAUCGGUAAUGGCAGGGCACACCGAAGAAGUAUCAAAGGUCUGCUUUAGCCCACCUGGCAGCCUUCUGAUGACUGCUUCUGCUGAUCACACUGCCCGUUUGUGGUUGAUUGAAUCCGGUCUAUGUUCCCAAGUAUUAGCUGGACAUGAAGCAGAAGUAUUCUCCUGUGCCUUUAGUUAUAACGGUGAUGUAAUACUUACUGCAUCCAAGGAUAAUACCUGUCGCUUAUGGAGAUGAUAUGACUGGUAUAUGGUGGAUAUGAAAAAUGAGUAAAAAAAUAU